AUGUCUAGAAUUAUUAGCAGAACUGCUGCACUGCCGGUUUUCAGCUUGGGGAAAAGCCCUUAUCCAAAAGCGUUUGUUCAAAAUAAACGAUUUUCCACUGCAAGGUCUUCUCUGGAGCCCCCAGAUGUUGCACACUUGGCUGAAACGGCUCGCAUUUCCCUAACCCCUCAACAAGUUGAGGAGUUUGGUCCAAAAAUUCACCAAGUUGUUGACUGGUUUGGGCAGCUUCAGGCGGUUGACCUUGAGAGCAUUGAACCAGCCCUAAGAGCAGAUACUGAAACCGAAUAUUUGCGAGAUGAUGAGCCAGAAACUUUCGAAAAUAGGGAUGCGGUAAUUGCAGCCGUGCCCACCUAUGACGAUCCUUAUAUCACAGUUCCCAAAGUGCUGAACAAAGAAUCGUGA